AUGUCUCGAAUUUUCUCACAUGCAAUAAGCAUACCAAAGGCCUUCUCUUCGCUCAGUACCCUGAACCUACCUUAUUCCACUGCGGUCCGCACUAUUGCCACCAUGAGAAAGCCCGCACCGAUAGCAAUUGUCGGUGGUGGCCCAUGUGGACUUACAUUCGCACGCCUCCUUGAAACAGCCGGAAUUGAUUAUGUCAUAUUCGAGCGCGAUACCUCACCAGAAAAUGCGCUUGAGUUCCAAGGUGGCACACUCGAUCUCCACGGAGAAACAGGCCAAGAAGCCCUGCGGCGCGCAGGCCUAAUCGAAGAGUUUGAGAAGUUUGCCCGGCGAGACGCCACGACAUUGACGGUGCAAGACUUCCGUGGUAAUCUUCGCAAGACAUUUGGCGAAGGCCGCGAUGCCCCCGAAAUCGACCGCCUGCAGCUGCGACAACUACUUCUGAAUUCGUUACCAGCACAUCGCAUCCGGUGGGCCAAAGCACUUCAGGGGAUUGAACGGACCAGUAAGGUUGGCUAUGGGCAUGUUGCAGACUGCACACUACGCUUUACCGAUGGUUCAGCAGAAAGCGGUUUCAGACUCGUGGUUGGCGCUGACGGUGCCUGGAGCAAGGUCCGACAACUGAUAACCCCCGCAGAGCCACAAUACUCUGGAAGAAUGUUCAUUGAAGGUCGCAUCUCACCCGGCAACCCGCAGUACGCAGCAGCACACGAAAUGGUAGGCGCUGGUAACUCUCUCGCCACGACCCGGGGCUGCACCCUCUGCAUACAACAGAUGUCCGACCGCUCCUACCGCGUCUAUAUGGGUCUUGAAGUACCGUCUACAUUUACCAGGCCUGGAGGCGAAGCCGACAUAACCAAGCCCGAGAAAGCGCGCGCUGCAGUGUUACAGCACUACGCAGACUGGGCGCCGCAUCUCCGUGCAUUUGUCCAAGCAGCAGAAGGGCCCUGGCGUCCGUGGCCACUGCACCGACUUGACCCAGAGAUUUACCUCGACGGAAGUCCGAACUGGACACGAGUCCCUGGGGUCACGUUGCUAGGAGAUGCAGCGCACCUGGCGACACCGAAUGGCGACGGUGUCAACAUUGCUAUGUAUGACGCGUUGGUAUUGUUCGACUCGCUCAUGGAAGAGGUGCAAAAAAAGCAGAGUAACACUUACCAGGAAGGUGAAGACGCAGUAGCAGUAGAGCGCGCCAUUGCUGCUUAUGAAGCGGACAUGCGUGCCCGCGGACGAGCGCAUAUUCUGGACUCGAUAGACAUGGAGGAUAUGAUGUUUGCGGAGGAUGGAGCAGCGCGUAUGCUGGCGAUGAUUAGCCAGGGUUGA